AUGAUGACCAUGCAGAUCUAUUUUCUUUUCACUGAACAUAUUGGUGUCCAUUUCAACUCUUAUUUCGAUAUGCCAACAGUAUUGGACAGUAAGCAGGGUCCAGGUCCAAAACAUAUGAAAGAAAUUGCCAAGCGAGCUCGGCGUCGGGAAGCCAAAAAACAACAGCAGCAGAUAACUCAACAACUUCAAAAACACCUUAUCAAUCACAAUCACCAAUCUUUCUCCUCUCGAAUCACCAGCAACAGUAAUAGCCACAGUCGUAUCACUCCCCUUUCUAAAAAUAGUCACUCGCUGAGUAGCAGCACCAACAAUAAUUCAACACCUCUGGGUUCUUCCGGCUCUUCUCGGACACCUCACAGCAGUCACCAGCAUCACUCCCACUAUGGACACCAUUUGGCCACUUGCGUUUUUUGUUGGGCUCAGCAAAAUAAUGAUACCAAAAUGCCUUCUACUCACUCAGUUUCUUCUGCUAAUGGAAAUGGACUUGCUAAGAAUUCUGCGACCACAUCCACACCGAUGGCUAACGCUGGAGGUAGCACUCUUCCUCCUCCAGCUUCGGGUGUUAAUUUUGUGCGAACCCGUUCUUCUGUGUCACGGAAACUGGACCUUGCUUCCAUUCAAUUCAUCUUGGAUGAGAAGGACAUUAAUGUAUUUUAUGAUUUCUCAAUAUCUCAUUUUAUCUUCUAUGAUCCUCUUGUCAUGCAUUUCGAUCACUCUUUCAAAUGUCUACCUGGAAAGUUGCUUAUAUCUAUCCUUAAUAUUUCAGAAAAUAAUAACGGUCUCGCCAAAGCAGAAAUCGAUGGUCUGAACAAUUUGGCGAGCUUUUCAACGCCGUUGUCAGCUUCUUCUCUUCAUUAUGCCCAGGGCCAUUCUGAUUCCAGUUCUUUCAUCUCCGCUUCACUUUCUCGAUCGGGCUUUGGAGAAUCAAGCAGUGACAAUCACUCUCAGAACAGUCUGCAGCAUAAUUUUGAGCAAUUCCGUCCCCCACGUCCACCCCCAGGCGUUUCUCAUCAAAGCGGUGGGGUGAUGAUUGGCAAUGUGUCCGGCCCCACUUGCAACGGCGUUCUCACUCGUGCUGCUGCCUCUGCUGCUUCAAACUACUUUACUGGCUUCUUUGAUGGUGGCGCCUCAUCUACGUGUUCUUCGACUACCUCUGCACCCUCAACUCCAACUAGAAGGCAAAACCGCCGUACAAAGCUCCUUCCUGUGAAAAUAUCGUCCUCAGGAAUUGAACUGGAUGAAAUUUUGAGCAAGAUUCAAAAGGACAGCAAGAACAUGAAUCUAGACAAUCACCAAAUAAAUAUGGCUGUGCAACGGGAGAUCCGUCUUCGUAACCGCAUAAUCAAUCCACCCCUCAUGGUGGGCUCUGGAGACCUCAAUCGUACGCCCAGCACUUCAAGUACCCAUGAGCCCCUUGGAAAUCUCACUACAGCAGCCUCUACAGCUACUUUUUCAGAUGUUGCUUCUGUUGAAGGCAGCAGCGUUGGCGCAGCCUCUAGCUCAGCAGCCAAUCUUCGCGUGUAG